GUCUCUAUCUAGCAUCGUCCAGCUGUGGCUAGAAAGCAAAAUGUCUGCCGCUAUGAUUAUUUGUAAACUGUAACCUAGUAGCUUCGCUCGAUAUUACGCUCACUAUUCGCGGGAAGUGAUCAGAUCACUCGCGAAACUCGUGAUACCCGUUUUUUGUCUCAAGGUUUAAGUGCCCGACGCAUUCAUCGCUUUUACGUAAUGGAUGAAUUUGACGAAUCCUCGAUCGAGAUGAUGCCUGUGGAAGAGACCGUAAAUGGACCCGGAGAAGCUUUAAAAGCAGAGUUACAGGUGCAGGCAUCAGAUAGUCAGAGUGAGAAAUCUGUGGGCAUAUUUACCACAGGUAUAGAUAUAUUCAGCAAAGAGGAGAGAUUGAAGAUGGAAGAGCGAGCAAAGCGUUUUGGCUUGACAGAGAAAUCUAAGGAAUCACUGUGCAAUCAUGAGGAUGAUUUAUACAGCAGUAUGGGCAUCAUGGAUGACGCUGAGAAUGCAAAGAACGUCAGAUUGAAUGUAAUUCAUAUGAGAGGAACUGAAGAUAUGAGCAGCCAAGAUGUAUUCAAAUAUUUCCAAGAUUAUGCUCCACAAUCAAUUGAAUGGAUCAAUGACAUUUCAUGUAACGUGGUGUGGUUUGACAAUUUAUCGGCAGCCAGAGCUAUGCUGCAAUUGUCCAAGAAAAUUGUGGGUAGCGUUGCGAAAUAUUCAGAUCGUGAGAACAAUGAUUCGGAAAAUAAAAAAGACGGCGAGACAAUAGUAGAUGUGGAAAAUAAAUCUGCCGACGUAGAAAAGGACGAAAAGAAAGAGAAUUGCAUAAAUAUUAAAGAUAUCGAUUGUCCGUUGCCUCCUGGUAUAUGGAGAAAAGGAAUUGAUUGUCCAAACUCUAAAGGAAUCUUUCUGAGAUUUGCCACCAGGAUGGACAAAAAGCAGGCCAAUGCGGAAAAGAAGAGCGAAUAUUACAAAAAGUAUGGAAAUCCCAACUUUGGAGGUAUCAAAGGAAUUCUAACAGAGUCCCGUAAGCGUAAAUAUAAACAGACUCAGCAGAGCAAACGCAAGCCUGCGGUUGAGGACAAAGAACGGGAUCAAAAGAAUCCGUGGGGCGCAUUGUCCGAGACGUGGGGCAAAAAUGACAUCGUGGAGGACGACUUCCUUCCGAAAAAUGGAAUUAGAGAUGGAUUUAGAGAUGGCGUCAGAGAUCAAGGACGCAGCAGCAUAAAGGAGAGAUUGGGUACACCGAUCAAGUACACCGAUAAGGACACGGUACGAGCGGAGGAAUCCGAGGAGAGCGUCUGGGGAAGUUCGAGUAGCGAUAGCGACGAGGACUGGUGCAAGCGAAGUAAAAUUCCUCGCAUGCGAAUGCACGCCGACGACGAGGAGGAGAAAGUGCAGAAGCGACGGGCGAAGCUCCGAUAUCAAAUGGUUCUCAACACCUUAAAUAGCAGCGGUGAUCUGCGAUCGAAGUUAGGAAGAUCAAGAACGAAAACACAGUUCCGCGAUCCCAUUCAAGUGGUGGUCACAAACCUAACAAAAUCCAAGCGCGAUAAUGCGGAAGCACCCCGACAGCAGACCGUGAGAGAAAUACAGUCAUCGGAAAGAGAAGAGGGAGAGUGGCAAGAAUCGGAGGACGAGGAUAAUCAGGGCAGACAGGAGGAGGACAGAGAGGAGGAGCAGAGACACGGGCAGCAUGUGGUCGUGGAAGAGGAGGACGAGAGGGAGGAGGGCGAAGAGGAGGAAGAGGAAGAGGGCGAACAUAAGGAAGACGAUAGCGAAGAAGAAGACAGCGAUGUGCCUGCGAAGGAGGUUCAAGGUCCUAAAGGAAGUGUAAUAAAAGUAGUCCCGCCCAAGCCACGUCUCGCCUCCACUGUGUGGGCGAGAUUGAAUCACGUGAAGAGCGAGAUCAGCGAUAGCUACUUGAAAAGCAGACAAUCGGGCAACCGUGACUUGAGAAGUACCUUGAAGAGCGGUGACCUGCGGUCGCGUAUCGGAAAUCACACCAGAGGACGUUCGCCGUUGAGAAUAGAAGUAAAAAAUGACAAAUACACGAAAGACGACAGUGAUAUAGAGUGAUUUCUACUCGAAGGCGUUGACUUUUAAAAAAAUUCGAAUCUGGCAAAGAGUUAUUACUGUUAUGUGUAUGGUUUUAAAACUUGUCACUCUUUUUUCGUAACGUUUUAUAUAUCGGCUAUGGAAUACAAAUGUGAAUAUAAGUAUAUAUAAUUUACGAGCUUGAUUUUCUUUUAUGAUCGUAAAAAUUUCAAUCGUCUUGUGUGCACAUGCGCGUAUGUUAUGAUAAACAAUAUCACAAAAUAUAUUAGAACGCUCGUUUUCUACCUUAGCUAUCGAGCCUUCAAUAAUGAUCAUUAUUUUUAUUACUUUUCAUUUGAUAACGAAUGCUUCCGAUAGUAAUACAUGUAAAUUUUGAUCAUAUAUCUGUGAAUAAAUGUAUAUUUCUGCAGAUAGAAAGAAACAACACACACUUCAAAUAUUUGAUCUGAUAGUUGUGCAAUUGUGAAAGGAGAAAAUUCGAAAAAUCUCUUAUGUUGUCUCGAAGCGCAACAUGAAGAUGCACUUUUUUGUACAGAGUAGCUCAGAUAAAAGUGUAAUUUCGUAGCUUUCAGGGCAGCAUCGUAUUAUUUUAAAUGACAAAUUGCGAUAUUUUGUAAACGCAAUCCCAAUAACGUGGGAAAAAUUAUGUGUGAAAAAAAAGAGAUAAAUAACCUUUAUAUGCUGCUGCUACAUUUGUCUUUGGAAUACAUACAUCUCCUUGUCCUCGAA